UUUAUAAUUAAUCAUAUAUCUUCUUUUAAUCUCCAACAUCUGCUACACAAGUACAAAGAGCCAACAUUAAUCCUGAAAUAGCCACUUAUAAUGGGUUCUCCAAAGUCUUUACAUGGAGUGAACUUUGCACCACCACGUAGCUUUGGGACAGUUCUUAAAGCAAAUUUGAAAGAAACACUAUUUCCAGAUGAUCCAUUUUAUGAAUUCAAGAAUGAAAAAUUAUCAAAAAGAAUUUUAAAGGGAAUUCAAUAUUUUGUACCAAUUUGUCAAUGGUUACCAAAAUACAAUUUUGGGCUAUUUAAGUUUGAUCUUCUUGCUGGAAUUACAAUUGCUAGUCUUGCAAUCCCACAAGGAAUAAGCUAUGCAAAACUUGCUGAACUUCCUCCAAUUAUCGGACUCUAUUCAAGUUUUGUUCCUCCUCUAAUUUAUGCAAUUUUUGGGAGUUCAAAACAUCUUGCUGUUGGAACAGUGGCAACUUGUUCAUUGAUUAUGGCUGAAUCAAUUCAACAAAAAGUUAAGCCUGAAGACAAUAUGCAAUUGUAUGUUGGUUUGUUCUACACAGCCACCCUUAUAUCUGGUUUGCUACAAACAGCUUUGGGGGUAUUCAGGCUUGGAUUUUUGGUUGAUUUUCUAUCACAUUCAACAAUUACUGGAUUUAUGGGAGGGACAGCACUUGUUAUUUGCCUACAACAAUUGAAGGGCAUGCUUGGCUUGAAGCAUUUCACUAGCCAUACUGAUGUUGUUCAUGUUUUACGUGCUGUUUUUGAAAACAGAAAAGAGUGGACAUGGCAGUGUGCAGUUGUUGGAGUAAUCUUCCUUACUUUCUUACAAUUAUCUAGAUAUGUGAGAAAAAAGAAACCAAAUCUAUUUUGGGUUUCAGCCAUUGCUCCAAUAAUUGUUGUUGUAGUUGGCUGCCUUUUUGCUUAUUUAUUCAAUGCUGAAAAACAUGGCAUAGCUAUUGUGGGAAAAUUGAGUAAAGGAAUUAAUCCACCCUCUCUUAAUCUUAUAAAUUUUAGUCCAGAAUAUAUAUCUGUUGUUUUAAAAGCUGGGAUCGUUACAGCUAUGGUUUCACUAGCAGAAGGAAUAGCUAUUGGAAGGAGUUUCUCUAUGAUGGAUAAUGAACAAAUUGAUGGCAACAAAGAGAUGGUAGCCAUUGGACUCAUGAAUAUUGUUGGCUCUUUAACUUCUUGCUACUUAAGUACAGGGCCAUUUUCAAAAACAGCAGUGAACCACAAUGCUGGAUGCAGGAGCCAAAUGUCAAAUGUAGUUAUGUCAUUGUGCAUGUUGCUAACUUUAUUGUUUUUGGCUCCACUUUUUGGCUACACACCACUUGUUGCCUUGGCUGCUAUCAUCAUGUCAGCAAUGCUUGGGUUAAUUGACUAUGAGAAGGCAUAUCACCUCUACAAGACUGACAAAUUUGAUUUCUUGAUUUGUAUGGCUGCUUUCUUUGGUGUUGCCUUCAUUAGCAUGGACAUGGGACUCAUGAUGUCGGUUGGACUUGCCUUGGUAAGGGCACUUCUAUAUGUUGCUAGGCCACCUACUUGCAAACUUGGAACCAUUACAAAUACUGCAUUUCGUGACGUAGAACAAUAUCCUGGUUCUAAACAAACUCCAGGAAUGUUGAUUUUGAAGCUUGGUUCUCCAAUUUACUUCCCUAAUAGCAAUUAUGUUAGAGAAAGGAUUCUCAGAUGGGUUAGAGAUGAGCAAUCUCUUGAAAAUUCCAAAAGAAAUGAGAUUGAAUACUUGAUACUUGAUUUUGGAGGUGUUACAUCAAUUGACAUAACUGGUGUUGAAACUUUAUUUGAAACUCGUAGAUCACUAGCAGCAAAAUCCAUCAAGAUUAUAUUGGUUAAUCCAAGAUUAGGGGUGAUGGAAAAAUUAAUUGUGACAAGAUUUAUUGAUGUGAUUGGGAAAGAGUCAGUGUUUUUAACAAUUGAAGAAGCAAUUGAAAGUUGCAGAUUUUCACUAAAUUCUUCAAGUCAGACAAAAAGAGAAGAUGUGGAAAUUGCUUAGUCUACAAACAAAUUCA